ACGGGACGCGCGACACAAAAGGCUCUCAAGGCAAGAGGGACUGUGGCCCCUGCGACGCCGCGGCCCGGGAUUUCCUGCCCUUCGGUCUUGCUCGUCGGAUUGCUCCUGUUCCUCUUGAGCCCGACCCCCCCGUUCCCCGUCCCCCGGCGCCACCUCGCGCCUCACCGGGAGCCCCGCGAUGGAGGUCCCGCCCCGGCUUUCCCAUGUGCAGCCGCCGCCGCCGCCAUUGUUCCCCUCCGCUCCCGCGACUUUAGCCUCCCGCAGCCUCUCCCAUUGGCGGCCGCGGGCUCCCCGGCAGCUCGCCCCGCUCCUGCCUUCGCUCGCUUCCAGCGCCUCCCGGCAGGGGGCGCGCCGGACCCAGCGCCACGUCACCGCCCAGCAGCCCUCCCGAUUGGCGGGCGGGCCGGCUAUAAAGGGAGGGCGCAGGCGGCGGCCGGAUCUCUUCCGCCGCCAUUUUAAAUCCGGCUCCAUACAACGCUCCGCCGCCGCUGCCGCCGCCGCCGCCGCCGGGACCCGGACUGCGCGCCAGCACCCCGCUGCCGACGGCUCCGCCACCAUGGAGGACAUGAACGACUACAGCAACAUAGAGGAGUUCGCAGAGGGAUCCAAGAUCAACGCGAGCAAGAACCAGCAGGAUGACGGUAAAAUGUUUAUUGGAGGCUUGAGCUGGGAUACAAGCAAGAAAGAUUUGACUGAAUAUUUGUCUCGAUUUGGGGAAGUUGUAGACUGCACAAUUAAAACAGAUCCAGUCACUGGAAGAUCAAGAGGAUUUGGAUUUGUGCUUUUCAAAGAUGCUGCUAGUGUGGAUAAGGUUUUGGAACUGAAAGAACACAAACUGGAUGGCAAAUUGAUAGACCCCAAAAGGGCCAAAGCUUUAAAGGGAAAAGAACCCCCUAAAAAGGUUUUUGUGGGUGGACUGAGUCCAGAUACUUCAGAAGAACAAAUUAAAGAAUACUUUGGAGCCUUUGGAGAGAUAGAAAAUAUUGAGCUUCCCAUGGAUACAAAAACAAAUGAAAGAAGAGGAUUCUGUUUUAUCACAUACACAGAUGAAGAGCCAGUAAAGAAAUUGUUAGAAAGCAGAUACCAUCAGAUAGGGUCUGGGAAGUGCGAAAUCAAAGUUGCACAGCCCAAAGAGGUGUACAGGCAGCAACAGCAACAACAAAAAGGCGGGAGAGGUGGAGCGGCUGGCGGACGAGGUGGAGCGAGGGGGCGUGGAAGAGGUCAACAGAGUACUUACGGCAAGGCGUCCCGAGGGGGUGGCAAUCACCAGAACAAUUACCAGCCCUACUGAGGAGGACCUGGGAGAAAGCAGGUGUGUGAGCUUACAGGACAGCACUGGCAAUGUCUGAUUUCAUUUAAAGAUCAAUAGACAAAUGGAAAAGAGGAGUAAACAAAAUAUUGUGUAGUCUUUACUAAAUUGUUAAUUUUUUAAUUGCUUUAUGAGCCUGUUUUGCCUAAAGUGUCUAUAGAUCUUUAACUUUAAAGUCUUACCUCACCUUUUUUAGAAUUACAGAAAAACUUAAGAGUUUUUCUGUUUGCUUUGUGUACCAGGAGGUUUAAACUUUUUUAGAACUAUUAACAGGUAAAGUACUGAAAUGGGUACAACUUAAGGAAAACAAGAAUGUUGUCUUCUAACUCUGACAUUAUACCUUGUUUGUACCCGCCAGCGGGAACUUCAUUGCAGGCCGUGUGUCACCCUGACCACGUCUAUCUCUGGGGGUCGCACGUUGCGGGCAGAGCGCAAGGCAUACACCAGAAAACGCUGUCCUGUGGUAUGGUCUCUUCCAACUUCAUGUACCAGCGUAAAGAUUAAAAGUGGAAACUUCAGACUUUGGCUUCUUUUUAAUCUUUUUGGAGAUUAAGUGUCUAAACUUAACUUAAAUGGUUUUUUGCAGGAGUUAAAGUACAUAAAUGCCUUUUUACAGCUUAAUCAUUUUGGUCUUCUGUUUAGUGUUGUAUUUCAAUUGUGGAGCCUCAUUUUAAGUGUCCAUUCUUUAAGAUUUAAUGCUUGCUUUUUCUUUUUAUAGCUAAUAGUGAAAUCUACAAACCAAAACAAGAACUUUUAAAUCUGGGAUAUAAGUUAAAGAUCACAUGCACAAAGCAAUUCGUUGUCAUGUUUCGAUCAGAAACCUGAAAUCUGCGUUGGUGAUAGCAUCCUCCUUGGCUUACUAGAGCUGUGCUUCUAGUUGGUCUUUGCUAGUCUUGUAACUGGGAAGAUUGCAUUCCUGUGUUUUCAAAUAAAUCCUCCUAAUACCAUUUGGGAACUCCAGUGAGUUUUUCAAAUACCCAAACUACACUUUGUUAAUGAAUAUGCAUGUGAUCUUUAAUUAUUGAAGAAAAGAAUAAAGUGAGGACUUAAAACAAUUCAUGAAAGUGGACCUUUGCAAGCUUGUGAGGAUUGCACACAUCUAAUGGUGGUUUUGUUUUUGUUUUAGGAGGUGUAAAGAAACCAUCUUACAGGACGACAUUGAAGAUUGCUUGAUCUUCUGUUGACCUAAGAUGAUUAUUUUGUAAAAGACUUUCUAGUGUACAUGACACAAUUGUGUCCAACUGUAUAUAGCUGCCCAUUAGUUUCUUUGUUUUCACUUUGUCCUUUGCUAUCUGUGUUAUGACUCGAUGUGGAUUUGUGUUUAUACACCUUUUUAUUUGUAUGAUUCAUGUUAAACCUCCAAUAAAUGCUUCCUUAUGUGAUUGUU